UAUCGUGUCAACAAACAUGGCGGACAAGGAGGAGAAAGAUUCGAUGGUUCAAGCAUCAACAAACCCAUUAUCAAGAAAGCUAAAUAAAAUUUUAGAGACAAGGCUUGAUAAUGACAAGGUGAUAAUUAUUAAUUUUCUCUUUGCUUCAUACAUUCUGAACAUUUUCUCCGCCCCUCACAUUGCUGAUUGCACCCUAAUAUUUUGGAAAACAGUUCUGAUUAUAAAUUAUAAACUAAUAAAAUAAACACAGUACAGUUGAGUACAACACCCAGUUGAGGCCUUGUUUUGUUGUUCAUCAAUAAAAAGUUUGUCCAUCCAAUUGACACUGGUGUUCACACACAGACUGUUGAAAAUAUGUUGAUGCUGUGAUCUUUUCCCUUCAUAUUAGUACAUGAGUUCAGGUCCUACAAUCUUUUUUGUGGAGAUGAUAUAAUAGAUACUUUGGUCAAAAAUGUAAACAUUUUUUAAAAAUCAACUAAUGGCACAGUUGAAUAGAGCUAAUUUUAAACAGAAUUAUAACACCAAAAUCAUAUUUUUAGCUGUUGUAGUUUUAAAGUUAUGAAUUUUUAAAGUACGACUUGGUUUGUCAUUUUUUAACAUGGACUGCAUCUCCACAUUCUGUGACCUCAUUCCACUGAUCGCGUCAUGCGCAAUGCCUAUAUAGUUUAUAUAAGGCAACGCAUUCCCUAUCGCUAAAAUACUGUUUAGGGUCGACUUAUUUUAAACUUUCAACUUUGGCACAUGAAUAAUUAAUAAAAGCUUUCCCUGACCAAUGGUUUAAUAGCUUUUGCACACGGCAAACUCUUAUGAAUGAAACUCUGAGAUAGUACUACGACGUAGCCGUUAUGCAAGUGGCUGUGAAUGGUUGCCAAUGACAACGUGUUGCACAGGGAAAAUUCUGAUCAUUUAUAAUAUGGACUCUGCAGGGUUUUUAAAGCUCAAAUUAAAACAUUUCCAGUUUAAAUGUCUUCAAAAUGCAUUCUGAAACACAAAAUAUAAAAUAUUUUGAUGUAUAUAGUGGUAAUAAUUAAAUAUUUCCUAAGUAUCGGCAACUUCCGCCAUUAAAAAGGGGGCGUGGCCCACGCCAUGGCGAAAUUAGGCUGAGCCACUUUAUGGUGAUAUGGGUCACUGUGACAAGUGUAACAAACGUGAGACACGACCUACAUCAAUGAAACUUGGCACAGAUAUAGAUCAAUAUCUAAUGCUCAUACAGAUUUAAUCAAAAAGGACCUUAUCUUAUUAUUUCACAAAAAAUUUUGUAUGCGAAGAUGCCUUAUAUAUACCAAAGAUUUUCAAAAUAAAGGUCGAUUGAAAAAAGCAAAAUAGCUGGCUAGAAAUGUAGGCCAAGAUGUCUUCCAAAUUAUAAGGCCGGAAACGGAACUCAAAUCUAUGUGGAAAGAACUAAUUUAAUACUAAAUAGACACACACAUCGGAAAAUUAAAAACUCGGAUUUUUCGGCGCCGACGCCCAUUUCCUAUACAAAAAAAAUAGUAGUCUCCCUUGUUUCAUCGAAGUAUCUAUAUAAAGUUAAAGGAAUAAACUAAGCUGUAACGAAAUGGCUAUUUGUAGAGACCUCGGUAUCGACUGGAAAUACCCGAAAAACGGGUAUCGUAUUUUCGUUGUCAUAAUGGCGACCUCUACUUUUUAAUUUACUGAGGGUAUCAUUGUUUCGCGUUUUAUAAUAGAUUUUUAGCAUAAUAAUAUAAUUUUACUUCCGCCAAUUACUUAAAGCCGACAUCUUACCUGUUAUAUUAAGAGUUCGUUUGAUUUUUUGCGUCAAGAUUAAAGCUUUGAAAAUUGAAGUUAAAAAUUGGUCAACUUCACUCAAGAAUAACUUUUUUUUAAAAAUGCGCUCAAUAAUAAAAAAACUCCGCUCAUAUAAUUUAUAGGUUCAUUUACAACAUAUCCAAAAUUCAUGAGUGUAGACCAUGGGUGGGCUUCAAAAACAAAUUUCCAAGAUGUCAUUUUUUUUAGGCUAUGUAAUUUGUCAUCAUGGCCACCGUGCUUGUCUGCUUAUUUCCAAUUAUCGAUAGCAGCCGUGGGGUAAUUAAUAAUUCAUUAAGUUUGUUAUCCAGAGUGUAAAUGGGAAAAAAACUAAUAAUAAAUCAUUUUAUAUAAAUAAAAAAUGUUUUAUAACAUAAAUAAUUAUUAUUGGCUUAUUGAAUAUCAGUGAUUUUAAUUUUUGGAUUGGUUGUCAUGGACCUGGCUGACACUGACAUGGGAAUGAUGAGCUCUUGUUUUGACUUAGAUAGUGAGUGAUAGGCUUAGUAAAAGUAUUAUAAUAGUAAUUACACUAUUAUAAAUGAUUUAAGGAGUGAGAUAAAAAGCUUUUAUUACAACUAAUAUAUUUAUCAUUUAUAUUAGUUUAUAUAUUUAUAGAUAAAUAUUUAUUUGUAUAUAAAUAUAUAUAUAUAUAAUGACCAUAGGCUAUAGGCCUUGUAUACGUAUAGUAUAAUACAAAGUAUACUAUAUCUGGGUUAAGGCCUAGACCCAACCCAACUAAUUUGUAGGGCCUAUUAUAAUAAAUUAUAUUUAAUGAUAUUUUAGGAUAUGUAAUAAAAUUUUAAUGAAUAUUGUGAUUCUUACAUAAGGCAUAAACUAAGUAAAGCAUUUUAAAAUAUUCACUUUCCUUUGCUAUUGAAAUAUCCUAUAUUUAAUCACAAAUCACAAUAUUCCACAAGAGAAUUAUUAUAUAAUCCUUGGUUUCUCAAAGAAAAAACACACUUUCUGGCACUACAAUCCAAGAAUUACUUAAGAUAUUAUUACUAAAGAACAAUCAUAAAAAUCUGUACUUACCUCUAGUAAAUGACUAGAACUUAUUUUAUUAGCAGCUAAAGUCAAAGUUGAUUCUAAUAAUACAUGUUGAUUUUUAAAACAAGAUUACAAACUUAAAAUAAAUGACAUGCUGAUUGUUUUGUCAUACUCAUAGGAAUAAUGUAAUAUAUAGCAUACAUAUGUAGAAAAUGGUAAAAUAAAAAGUGUAAUUGUCAAUUUUAAAUAAAUAAAACAAAUAAUCCCUUUAAUAUUUGUUUAUGCUUAUAAAUGCUAAACAAUUCCACAGAAAAUAUGCAAUUAAUAUCUAAAGAAUAUUAUUAUUAUUAUCAUUUUGGGGAAAUUAAAUACAAAAUUAAAACAAAAUUUUAAUUAAUUAAUUACAAAUAAGUGAUAAGUCAGCAUUUUUAUACAUUUUUAAUAUGCAAAUAAUAAAGGUGUUUUUUUUUUUAAUAUUUGCGGCACAUUAACAAAAAAUAAUGUAUAUUUUGUGGCUUUAUUUAGAAGUACUCUUAUUUAACUAUGUUCCCUGUAAAUAUUAUAUUUUUGUCUCAUUUUAUAAUAAAGUUAUAGGCGUUAAAAAAAAAGCAAAAUGAGGGUCACAAAUGUAUAUUUUGUGGCUUUAUUUAGAAGUACUCUUAUUUAACUAUGUUCCCUGUAAAUAUUAUAUUUUUGUCUCAUUUUAUAAUAAAGUUAUAGGCGUUAAAAAAAAAGCAAAAUGAGGGUCACAAAAUGUGGAGGAAAAUCUCAUAGUAAAAAAGUGGUUUUGAGGUCCCUACUAAAAAAAUCAUAACUUUUGAACCACUUGAGCUAGAAAGUUGAUCUUGGUGUUUUUGUAAUCUAUUCUCCAGGCUCUAUACAGCUGUAGUAUUUUUAUAUUUUUAAAAAUGUUUUGAAAUUUUCAUCAAAGUGGCUACUAUUUGGAACUGGAGAAGAGUGAGAGGUUGCGUUUAUUAAAAAAAAAUAUUCAAAAUGUUAUUGUUAGGUUUGUAAGACAAAUUUGGUAUCAAAUGAAAGAUAAUUGAAUAGCAUUUAGUCUAAGUCUAAAGGGACCCGGGUCCGAAUUGCCGUUUUUCGGACCCAGGUCCCUUAAGACUAAAUGCUAUUCAGGUGUCAUUUGUGAUAGUUUAUUUUAGUUAAACUGAAGAAGUAUAUUUACAAACAUAUAGUGCAUUCAAUUAUCUUUCAUUUGAUACCAAGUUUUGUCUUACAAACUACAAACCCAACAAUAAUAUUUUUUUAAUAAACCAAAACUCUCACUCUUGAAUCCCGGGUUCGAAAAGCCGCAGUUAAACUAUAAAUGAACUCAACUCAAACCCUGUUUUCUUUUCAUUCAUACAUAAACAUAAAUUGUUUACAUUUUUCUUUUUAAAAAUUAUUUAAAAAAUUUUUUUAAAUAUGUUGUCUUUUACUUUUAUUAUGUGCUGAAAUGAAUAUUUACAAUGUCAUUAAAAAUAUUUCCAUUUAUUAAACUUAUUAGGAACAAUAAAAAAAAUUAUAAUACCCAUUUAAAUAGAACUUUAAACCUGAACAACAUGAUUUUAUCAAAACCGACGCUGAAGUGGUAGAUUACCUAUAAUAUAAUUGAUCUUCAAUAAUCAAUCAAGUUUUUCUGGUUACAACUUCUCCACAAUAGUUAAAUUUAAAUCCCUGUAACUGUUCACUGAUAGAAGCAGUGUCAUGGUCACUGUGUUAAUUGACAUGGACAUGACCACCACCCCUUUCACAAUUACCACUCUUGACAUCAAAGUAUUUGAUACUUGAUAUUUGACUUGUGUUUUAGUAUUAACUUAGGAGGUAUUUAAACUGGAAUAUUUUUAAUUUGAGGUUUAAAAACCUGGUAGAGUACUAAUAAUUAUCAUUUUUUGUAGUGAACACCCACUAACAUGGGAAAACUUUCAUAGUGACAUGUAUACCAUAUAUACAUUAGCAUUAUUCUCAGAGUUUCAUUCAUAACUUUGUUGAAGGCCUACGUGUAACAUUAAUCAUUGGUCAAGAAAAGCUUUGAUUAAUCAUUCAUGUGCUAAAGUCAAAAGCUUAAAAUAAGUAGUUCCUAAACUUAAACACUAUUUUUUUCAUGUAACGUGAUGCCUUAUGCUAUAUAGACUAUAUAAUGGACGCAACCCUUAGACUUAGUAAACAGAAUAGCCUUACCACAUAUAUUCAAUUUAAUAAUAUAUAAAACAUAGUAAGAUAAGUUAGAAUUUAUUUAUAAUUGCAUAAUAUUAUUAAAAUUAAUUUUUAAAAUCAGUUAUUUUAAUAUAGCUUUAAUCCUGCAAAAAAAAAAAAUUGUAUAAAAUUAUCAUUAUAGCUCUCGACACUAACAGAGGUAUUGGGUCACAGUAUCUGGAGAUGCAUUCCAUGAUAAAAAGGGACAAACAAACACAUACUUUGGAAAUCCGUAGCUCAAAAACUGCCAAACCUAUUAUUAAUUAAUUAUUAAUUUUUAAUUUAAACUUUGCUCUUUAAAACCGUAAUACUUAUAUAUUUGUAAAGUUUACUUAAGUACCUAAUGAAAUUGAUCAUUGAUAUUAUUUAUGGAUGGCCCGUUAUUAACUACUAUUUAUUAGUUUAUCAGUAAAUAAUUUAGGCCUACUAACUAUUAUUAGCUUAUUCAUUCAUUAAUAUUUGUAAGACUUUAAAUUAAGUAUUUUUAGGCCUAGAUCCCUUUUUUUUUAAAUAAAUUAAUUUGGCCUAAUUUUUAUUUUAACUCUUGCUCUUUGUUUUAUUGAUAAAUCACAAUGUAUUUUUCAGGAAAUGCUUGAAGCUCUUAAGGCUUUGUCAACAUUUUUUACAGAAAAUAAUCUACGAAGUCGGAGAAACUUGCGUAGUGAUAUUGAGAAAAGAAGCCUUGCUAUCAAUGAGGAAUUUCUUGGUGCCUUCCAGGCAGUCAAAGAGGUAUUUAUUUUGAAAUUGAACAUGUUUGAAUAGCAUAAAUUCAUUGGUUUAACAUUUUGUUGUUUUUUCCAACUCUUCAGAACAGUUUGAUUAACAAAACAAAGCAAACCUUGUAAAAAAAUAUAUAUUUUUAAAAAAGUGGGCUCAGACAAAAAGUUAAAUGAAAAGAAAAUAUUUAACUUAGUUUACUCAUAAUUAUUACCAGAAGCUCUUAAUUUUUCUUAAAUACUGCCAAGUAAGAUUUAACUUUAAAAAAAUUUUUUAUCUUCACCUCAAGCAACUGGACAGUGUGUAUUCUGACGUCCAAGCUAUGAAUGAAUGUUGUCUAGAUAUGACAGAUCGACUUAAGGUAUAAUAUAAUAAUUGGAUUUCCUAAUCAGUGGUGACUUGUAGUGCACUUUCAGUUCUUAAAGUACAUUAUAUUGGCUGUGUAAUACGGAAUAUAACAUGGUUUUCUCCCCAGAAUAAGUUAUUUUUAACGUGAAUCUGUAAUUUCAUGGAUAAAUUAGUUAUGGAGGGAAAGUAUCUAGCCAGCAGCAAUGAACGGUUAGGUUGGAGAUGUUCGACUGCCUCAUUUCUGGCCUAGUCUGUUGGUGGAGCUCCAUGCAACCGUUCUAAGUGGAUAUUAGAAAGGCCUGGUGUAGCUCGACACUACUGCUAGGCUACACACAAAUAUAUUAUGGAAUAACUGUAGGCGGACCAAAUGGGGUGGAGGUUUGGGUGGACAGUGUGUUAACAUUUUUGUUGAAAUUUAAUAAACAAAAAAGCUCAGUCUUUUUUCCUGGCAUCAAAACCAUAAUUAACUGAUCUGACAAUUGUUAUCAAAUAAUAGAUAAUUCAAUUUUGAAUCCAGUGAUAUGUUAUUACUGCUCUGUUCUUUAUUGUUCAACAGCCAAAUCGUAAAGUAGCUAAUAGUAAAUAACAAAAUGGCAGAUAACCAAGAAUAUUUGAAAUAAACCGCUUAACUUUCAACUGAUACUUACAAUGUUAUAAAUGUUAUCUGAAAUUAUUACUUUCUCACAUGUUGACCUAUUAAAAUUAUAUUAAAAUAGCUAUGUAAAUGCUUUGUAUACAAUAGAAAUUAUAUGGAAUUAUAAUAUUUCUUUAAAUUAUAAUUAUACAAAUAAAUAAAUAUUUGUAUCAGGUAAUUUAAUUAGUCUAUUAUUGGAUUAAUGUUUAACAAUUUAUUUCUUCUGACAGGCAGCAAAGGCUAAGACACAUCAUCUUAUUUCACAAACAACUUCUUUGCACAAUGAGAGGUCUGAUAUUUUUACAUUGAAAUUUGUGUUGUGGUGUUGUUCCAAGAAAUCAUCAAAAGCAAAAUUUGAGAUUUUUCAGAGAGCAUUUAUUUUUGUUUUAUGUUUUAAAGUUAUGACACAAACAGUUUGUGCUUUUUUAAGAUCCUUAAUAAAAUAUUUAAAUUUAAUUCUUUAAAUGAUCAUGUUAUUUUCUAUUCCUUUUGGACACAUUCUUAUUAUCAAAUAAAUUUUUUGUUCCAUCUUAUGUUAUGGUUUGAAAAAUGUUUUACUGUUUUCAUGGGACUAAAGGUGGGGUUAGCUUUUAAAAAUUACAAGAUUCAGGUCAGCACACCUAGCAAAUGUGCAAAACUAAGGGAGAAAAUCAAGAAUGAAGAUUUACAGUAAACUUGAGUAACUCUUACAGCUGUCUCCCCUAGCAAAAUUGUUAUGACCAGUGGUCAUUUGGUCUAAAACAACAUGGACAGGAGAGGACAUUACAACACAGACCAAACAUUUAUGUUAUCUUCUUACCCAGAUUUUGUGCUGCAAAAGUCAUGAAAUCACUAUAGCAUUGCACCAGACAAUCAGUUCCCUGUCUAUUCACAGCCAGAAACUGCAAGUCAAAGAACAAGUUGCCAAUGCAUUCCUGGAAAAAUUUCAACUCAAAUCUGAUGAAAUCAAAAUUCUAAGAGGCACUAGAGAUGGAGCUUUACAUUCUGUAAGUUUGGCAUCAGCAAACUGGAUAAUAUUAUGGAAUUGCAUUUCAUUUUUUGAUGCAUUAGAUUACACUUAUAAAUAAAUAUAAAACUUUUAAAAAAUUGACCUAUUUCCUUACAGGAAUUUUUCAAAGCCUUAUCCAGAGUGAAACAGAUUCACAGUGACUGUAAAUUUCUCCUACGAACCAACCACCAAACUGCAGGGUAACUCUUAUAACAUUAACAUUAAUAUAGUUGAUCAAGCUAAUAACAUCUAUUAAAUUCAUUCAUUUAUGAAAACCCAGAACUAAUUCAAUAUUACCAGUACAUCCUUAGUUAUGGCAUUAUUUCAGCUUUAUUUUAUUUUUUAUUUCAGUAUUUAUUUGUACAGUGUCUAUUUCUUGCAAAUAUCUCCUCUGGUCUAUUAAAAUAUAUUUAAUUAAUAUUUAUUGUCAUACUUUUUAUAGAUUGGAAAUUAUGGAGUCCAUGGCUCUCCAUCAGGAAUCUGCUUAUGAGAGAUUGUACAGGUGGACUCAAAGUCAGUUGACAUUUUUAUUUUAUAAAGUUUCUUUUCAAAAUCUAAAAAUGACGAUAAAUUUUAAAAACUACUAAUUUUAUUAAAAGUUUUUAAAAAUUGUGAAAAUGUUAACAUGACCUGAUGUUGAAGAUGUGUUGAUUCUCAUUACCCAGAUCAGUGUCGCCAGGUUACACAGGACACACCUGAUGUUAGUCUCUUGCUGUGCCAGGCAAUGGAGGCCUUGCAGGAUAGACCCGUUUUACUCAAGUAAGACACUGAUUUGUUGUUUCAUAUAAUAAUAAUAAUAAUAAUAAAAUUUAUUUGAAAAACACGCUUCAUCCCCAAAAGCUCGAAGCGCGGUACAAAGUCAACCAUAUUAAAAAGAGAAGUAAAAACAAUCUAAAAUUUACCACAUUUAAAAACAGACGCAACAAUAUAAAGCUACAUACGAGCAUACCCAGUCAAAGUCUUUCAUCCCGUUUCAACCAUAAGCAACACAAGCCAAUAUACAUUAACUGAAAAAGAUGGUAGAUAGCAUCACCCCAGAAGGUGUUUGCGAAAUAGAUGUGUUUUUAAAUCGGUUUUAAAGGACUCCAGUGUCUGGUUGUUUCUGAGAGCGACUGGAAGGGCAUUCCAAAAUGUUGGGCCCGGCUAAUGAAAGUACCACGUACCACAUCGUAUUAUUUUCUAAAAUAAGGCAUGUGCAUGCAACUGUGUCAUAAACAUGAUUUUAAGAUAAAUAGCACUAAACCCCGGCAUAGUAUGUUGAAAGACACAGGCAUCAUUUAAUUAAGAAAGGUUAUAUCAUGGCUUAAAUAUGUUAAUACAUGAGUACCGUUAUACAUUUUAUAUUGUAUAAUAGACAUUGGUUCAAAUAAUGAUAGUGCCAUGGAACUGGAGCUGAUAUAAUAGCAGGGAGUUUAUGAGAAUAGUAGCAUUAUGUGAAGCUUUUUAUAAUUGUUAUUUUUGUAUAUUCUAAUCAUUUCUUUGGCAUAAGUUAUUAAAAAUCAGUUUGAUUUAUGACACAUUUUAUCCAUUUUGUUUUCUUCUCAAUCUCUUCAAUGGGUUAAUUUUGAAAAUAAUUGAACCACUUUUCAAACUAUGUUUAGAUACUCAUUGGAUGAAUUUGGCAAGGCCAGGAGAAGUGCUGUUGUUCGUGGUUUCAUUGAUGCCUUGACACGUGGUGGUAAAUAGCAGUUUUUUUAAAGUUACAUUAACAAGGCAGACAAUAUUUUAUUUGUUACAGUAUACUGAUAACUGCUUGCAACUCCCUCCAGAAUCUCUCCUCAUUUUUUAAAAAGUUUUUAACUAAUGCUGAACCCGUUUUAAAAGUUAUAAUAUAAUAAGCCAACACCUGUCUCCCCUAACUAAAAUUCUCUAAUAACAUUAUAACACAUGUUAUUACUGCCGAUAUUGCAAUACUUGUAGCCUGUCAUAAGGAUGAACAUUAGUGUCGUGUGUAAAAUCACAGCCAACUUGGUCUGUUACAAACAUAUUACAAACAUAUCUUACAAUCUCCUGCCAGUUAUCUGUGUACUGGUAACUUCAGGCAAUGGCGGAUUUGAGAGUUUAGUUCAAAAUGUCUGGGUGUGUUUCUGUUUUUUUUUUCAACAAUGGACUCAUCAAGUAUAUCAAGAAGUGCUUAUUCUUCUUAUGCCUUUCUAUCCCGUCUGGGGCAUAGGAAGUCUACAAGAAUUUUCCACUCAUCACGGCCCUAUGCUUUCCUUUCCAAUUGCUUUUAGGUGUAUCCCAUAUUUUGCGUGUCUGCCUCUAGCUUGUGUCUCCAUGUAUUCCUAGGCCUUCCCCUCUUUCUUUUUCCCUGUGGGUUCCAUGUUAGGCAUUGUCUGGUGGUGCUAUCUGCGGGUUUUCGGAGCGUAUGCCCUAUCCAUCUCCACCUCUUCUUUAUGAUAUCUUCAUCAAUGGGCACCUGGUAUGCCCUUUCUAGUAGAUCUUUGUUGGUGAUAGUAUUUGGCCAUUUGAUUUUCAGGAUCUUUCUAAGGCAUGUCUUUAUGAAUGUCUGCACUUUCUGCAUAAGGCUCACUGUUGUUUUCCAAGUUUCUGCACCAUAUAGUAGGACUGCUUUGACAUUUGUAUUAAAGAUUCUGACUUUGGUUUGCAGUUUCAGCUUCUUCGCCUAUUCUAUAAAGAAAAUAGCUUUUUUCUGAGCUCUAACCUAAAACAAUGCUUUCAAUUAGAACUUUUUUUCCAGGACCAGGUGGCACACCAAGACCUAUAGAGCUUCAUUCUCACGACCCACUCAGAUAUGUUGGUGACAUGCUGGCAUGGCUACAUCAGGCCUCAGCUUCAGAGAAAGAAUAUCUGCAGUCCCUGCUCAAAAAUUGCACAGGUAUGUGUGCCCCGGCUGUUAAUUUAAGCUACAUCUAUUUCUCUUGUUGUUUAUUUUUUAUUAAUUGCUUUAAAAAAAAUUAAAUGUAAGAAAAUAAACUACAUCAAGGCAUUCAAUUUCUUUAAGAUAAAAAAAAAUAUUUUUACUAUAAAGCAACUGAUCAUUUAUUUCAGCUAGCAAUGUCCAGAUGGAUGAAGUCUUAGGAAAUAUCACAGAAGGAGUCUGUACACCAUUCAAGGUUGGUGGGUUUGUUGUUUUUUUUUACCCAAUUCCAUUUGAGAUUUUAAAUAUGUAAUCAGCCAAGUUUAAUUUAAAUGUUAGAUUGGAUGUUCUCUGCUCAUGAUGCAGUCUGCACAUUUUUACAACUAACUUGACAUUGGCAUACCAUUCAUCGGCCAUGAUAUACGUUAAAGUGUAUUUCAGUGUAGGUUGCUGUUUUCUGGGUUGUUUUGACAUUUUGUUUGUUGAUGCCAACAGGUUAGGGUUGAACAGGUGUUGGUAUCCGAACAGGACCCAGUAACCUUGUACAAGCUGGACAACCUCCUUAAGUUUUACCAUCACACAAUUGGGUCAGCUAAUGUUCUUCUUUUUUUUUAAAGCAUCUUUAAAAUAAUAUAUGAUAGAAAAUGUGCAUUAGGUGCAUUUUUAGGACAGUAUUUCUAGUUCAACUUAUUUAGAAGAAAUGAAUGACUAAGAUACAGUCUUAUGAUAAAAUGGUGGAUCAGAUUCAUCCCUGAUGAUGCAAAAGCAAGUUACACUCCCAACAUUUUAUCUUCAGAGUACUUAUUUUUUAACAUUAAUUGGGAUUUGUUGAAUUGUGCUGUUUUCUGUGCAAAAAUUACCGGAAAAUUGUUUGUUACUUCUUAACGGUUAAGUCUGCUAAAAAAGCUUUUAAAAUUGCAGAGAUGUAAAAUAAUAGAGAAUUAUAAAAGUAUAUUAGAAUUCAUUUUUUUUACUUCUGAUUAGGCCUAACCUAAUUUCAGUCUGCACUAUUUUGUUUCUAAAGCCAAAUUAUAAGCAGUGAAGCUGCCUUGUUGACAGUUGUGUCUGAAAUUCAGGACCUCAGUCAUCGCAUGUUUUUCAACAGCCUUACAAGCCAUGCUAAUAAGUUGCUUGACAAGGUAAGUAGUAGACAUCUACUACUCCUGAGAAUCAAUUCAAGGAUGAAUUUAAUCUUUGUGUCACAUGCACCAGCUUAGAGUUGAAAAAAACUCAGUACUUAAUGUUGUUUCUGUAUUUGCAAACUUGCUUUGUGCAAACACUAAAGGUCCAUUUUGGUUACUUUAAAUGUCCAUUUGUAAGGUAGCAACCAAGUUUAGAUAUUAUUAUUUUGUCUAAUAUUGAUUAUGCCAGAUUGAAUAUUUAUUUAUUGUUUUUUGUUUAAGUAAAUAAAUUAUCCACAAUUCAAGGUUUUGCUGAUGUUCCUAUGAAAAGAAAACGGGGAGACAAAAUAAUAGCUAAAAAUGCUGAAACUUUGUAAUUGGUGCAAGGUUGUUAUUCUAUCAAGGUUGAGCUUCCACCUCCUGACCUGGGACCUACAUCAUCAUUGACACAAACAUUGCAGUUAUUGAGGGAUGUUCUUGCUUGUCAUGAUGCAUCAGUUGUGCCUAUUGAUGAUAAGAAACAAGAUUAUAAACAGGUGAGAAUGCUUCAAGAAAAAUGUCAAUCUUAUAUAACUACAAUGAUAAAAGAAGCUUUUAAUUAUACAGUAGCAGAAAAUAUAGUUCAUUUUCAAUUAUUGUUAGCGUAUUCACUAGUAGAAAGUGUUGUGUUUAUGUUGUUUACAAUGUGUUGUGUUUAUGUUGUUUACAAUGUGUUGUGUUUAUGUUGUUUACAAUGUGUUGUGUUUAUGUUGUUUACAAUGUGUUGUGUUUAUAUUGUUUACAAUGUGUUGUGUUUUUUGCUGUUCAAAAAGUGCUUUGCUUUUGUUGCUACAGAUCCUUGCUUGUGUGAUUGAUCCUCUGCUCCAGAUGUGCUCCAUGUCAGCCAGCAGACUGACCACAGUGGACAUGGCAGCUUAUAUGGUCAACUGCAUUCAUCUAAUGAACACCACCCUGUCAUUGUAUGAGUUUACCGAUACCAGGCUGGAAAUGUUGUAUGCACAGGUGAAUUAUUAUUGUCUUUACACUAUUGGGGAUCCCCAACAACCUAACACAAUCUGGACAUAGGUCUGUGUAACAAUAGGUCUAUGUAACUCAAGGUCUAUGUAACACUGGGUCUGUUUAACACUUGAUCCGUGUAACAUUAGGUCUGUGUAACACGGUCUGUGUAACAUUGGGUCUGUGUAAAACUGGGUCUGUGUAACACUGGGUCUGUCAAACAUAGAUCUUUGUAACACUGGGUCUGUAUAACACUGAGUCUGUGUAACACUGGGGUCUGUCUAACAUAGAUCUGUGUAACACUGGAUCUGUAUAACAUAGGUCUGUGAAACACUGAAUCUGUGUAACACUGGGUCUGUGUAACACUAGUUCUGUGUAACACUGGUUAUGUGUAACACUGGAUCUGUGUAACACUAGGCAAAGGUUUUAAUACUUUUAAAUCUUAUUAUAUUUCCAGACUGAUGCUCACUUAGAUACCUUAGUUAGUGAGCAGGCUUCCUAUGUUUUAAAUCGUGUAGGCCUAGCUCAAAUGUAUGGAUUCAUCCAACAGCAUAGACCUGAUCAGGUUAGUUUGAGGUCAAUCUGUUACCAUCCUAAUAACUACAUAAAAUGACAUUGCAAGUUUCAACCAGUUCAAAACCUAGAUAUUGACUAUUAUUUUGUAAGAUUGUAUUUCUAGUUUCAACUUAUACAUACCAGAUAUUAAAAAUUAUAAGGAUCUCUAUAAUUUGAAUUAAUUUACCAUAACUAAGAAAAAUUAUAUAUUUUACUUUAAGGGAUUUUGUUGAAUCAAUUAAUAAAGACUUCAAAUUAAUUUAUUUAUUUUUCAACAUCAGCAAACUGCUUGAAAUUCUAUAAAUUUUUACAAUAACCAUCUAGGGCCCACUUUCUUCAUUAUCUGGCUUGGAUGAACUGGCAAUCAGAGCUGCAAUGGUAAGUUUAGUUUCCUCUCCUAACUAACAGCACAAUAUUUAAUAAGCCUCUGGUGGUAAAUAUGAACUUAUUAUGAUUUUAUGCUUAACAGUAAAUCUGGUGAUUUUUUUAAAAAUCUUAAUGUUGUAGUUUUUUUUAAAAAUAUAUUCAGUUUUCAUUGAAUUUCUAUUACAGAAUAAAUUUGACAGCUUCUUGGCUCAGCCAGACAGUUUGCUCUUACCCCAGUGUAGUCUCAUUCUCAGCUCUAGUGUUAGGUUGGUGGUUGAUAAUAUCUUAAUCUAUUGAAUUAAAAUUCUUUUGCUCUGAAAAUAUUUAAAUAUUUUUAAGAUUACAUAUUGACUUUGUUCUUUAAAUCUGUGGGGAAAUGUUGUAGUAGUUGUAGACCCUGGGUGGCUUUCUCUGGGUGUAAAAACAAUGGAAAGAAUUUUUAAUUAAUUUUAUUUAAAUAAACGUUGCUAGCAUUCUUUUCUAUUUUCUAAUCAUUGUUUAAAAUUUUACAGUACCGGGUUUUUAAGAUUGCACAGCCAUUUAGAUUUUUAGCGUAUACCAUGGCCAUAGUGAUGGAAAUGAAAUAAGAAAUGAAAUAGUAAAUUUCUUUGUAAAUUUGUAUCAUUACAUGUGGCACUGUGGAGAAACCCAAAUAUUCAAAUAUAGUAUGAUGUGGAGACCAAGAAAAUCAGCAUACAACAUUAUUUUAUUCUCUCAUAAGAGUAAUAGUUUUACCACAAGGAUUAGUUUAGUUAUUUGACAUUUAACUUCUUUUCUCUAGAGAAUCUGCCAAAAAGAGAUCAGUGGAGUUGGUUUGUCAAGCCUACAAACAAAUAUAUGCAUCAAUCUUAGACCCAGUGAAUGGAUACAAAGAUGGUAUAAAUAUUGUACCCAGGACCCCGGAACAAGUGGUUCAUUUACUAAUGUGAUAAUGAAUAAUUUUUUGUGUACAUAAAACAAAAUUUAGCUAGUUAAUUUUUUUAUCUUAGUUUUCAUUUAAUUAACAAGACUUUUCUAUUUAUAAUCUUAAAAAUAAAGAUUGGUUUCAAAUAUUUAAAUUUUUUGUGAGGGAUGUAUAAUAAUAAUAUGUUGCUUUUUUUUGUUUGUUUUUUUUAAUUAUCUGUGGACCAUAUGAGGGUUAAUAAAAUAAUGCAAAGCCAAUUGUUUUGUCCUAUUUUUUAAUAAAUGAAAACAAUUUUAUUGUGGAUUUUCAUUGCUCAAAAAAAGAAAAGAAAAAAAAAUGUCUUAUUUAAAUUCUUUAAUGCUCACAAAUCCAUUAUUUUAGUUCUAGGUAAAUUUAUCAUUUUAAUUCAUAACAUG